AGAUUUUGAAUACGGUUGAUGGCCGCUGCUGAGGAAGAAUGAGCUCUGUGUAGAAGAGCGGUCUCUGUUUAAGCCGCCACCCGUAGGAAGUCUUCUGACUCUUAAUUAAGAGAAAAGCGUGUGUUGGUACCAGCCGUGCCACGGGGAGCAGGACCGGUGAUCCUCGCUGAUCAGAAUUCAAUCAUGAGUGACAACAGUAUGUUGGUACCUACCACAAGCAGAAGUAUUCUGGCAGAUUCCUCUGCGUUUGACUCUAAAAUUACAGAGACUUCAAAAGAAAACCUGUUUGGGGGUUCUGGAGAUAAUGAUGAAGAAAUGCCUCAGAUUGAAACAAGAGUGGUUCUGGUAGAAGAUGCUGGCAGUGACGAGGCGCUGAUAAAAGCUCUGGAGACAGUUAAAGUAAUGGAGGUUCCUGUUAUAAAGAUAAAUGAAAAUUGUCCUGAAAAAUCCAGAGAAUCAUUUAUUAAAACCAUUGUAAACAUGGAAAUCAAAGUUCCCUGUCUGAAAACGAACUCUGUGAAAGAGUAUGUCGAUGCUGAUAGUCCAGAAUUUGAGAACGUGUUUGUCCUGUCAGACUUCCAAAAUCCUUCCUUUCAAUAUCUAUAUAAAGCAGACUGCAGAGUACUUGGCCCUCCGAUAAUCCUUUAUUGUGCUCAGAAAGGAGAGCCGUUGCCUUUUACAUCCCGACCCCUCUAUUGUGCAAGCAUGUUGAAUCUAGUCCUGUGCUUUACUGGGUUCAGAAGAAAAGAGGAAUUGGUGAAGCUUGUAACCUUGGUCCAUCACAUGGGUGGAACUAUAAGAAAAGACUUCAGUUCAAAAGUUACACAUCUCAUUGCUAACUCAACUCAUGGAGAUAAAUUCAGGGUUGCAGUUAGCUUGGGCACCCCCAUCAUGAAAGCUGACUGGAUUUUAAAGGCUUGGGAGAGAAGAAAUGAACUUGAAUUUAGUGCUACAGAUGAGACAUUUAAAAAUGAAUUUAAAGUUCCUCCAUUCCAAGACUGCAUAUUAAGUUUUAUUGGGUUUUCUGAAGAAGAGCGAGUCAGCAUGGAAGAAAUGACUGAAAUGCAAGGAGGGCAAUAUUUACCUGUUGGCAAUGAAAAAUGCACCCAUCUGGUUGUAGAAGAAAACUCUGUCAAAGAGUUACCUUUUGAACCUUCCAAAAAACUCUAUGUGGUCAAGCAAGAGUGGUUUUGGGGAAGUAUACAGAUGGAUGCAAGAGCUGGAGAAACAAUGUACCUCUUUGAAAAGCAGGAUAGCCCUGCACUGAAAAAGUCUGUCUCCCUUCUCUCCUUGAACACGCCGAGCAGCAAUCGCAAAAAACGCCGGUUAAAAGAUACUCUUGCCCAACUUACUAGGGACACUGAUAUUUCACCAUUUCCACCUCGAAAACGCCAAUCAGCUGAACAUUCGUUGUCCAUUGGCUCGCUGCUAGAUAUCUCCAACACACCAGAGUCUGGAAAGUCCUUUUCAGAUACACCAAAGCCCAGUGCGAAAUCCAGGAUUGCCACACCAGCGCCUCAGAAACAGUCUGCGAGAUGGCAGGUUGCUAUGGAACUGUAUCAGACGGAGAGCAAUUAUGUUGACAUUCUCACUACUAUUGUACAGCUUUUCCAAGUUCCGUUAGAAAAAGAAGGGCAGGUUGGUGGCCCAAUCCUUGCUCAGGAGGAGAUAAAGACUAUUUUUGGCAGUAUUCCAGACAUUCUUGAUGUACACACUAAAAUUAAGGGUGAUCUGGAAAAAAUGAUGAUGGAAUGGGCAGAGACCAGAAGUAUCGGUGAAGUUUUUCUGGCUUGUUCUAAGGAUUUGGUGAAGACAUACCCACCUUUUGUAAACUUCUUUGAAAUGAGUAAGGAGACCAUUAUAAAAUGUGAAAAAACAAAGCCAAGGUUCCAUGCGUUCCUGAAGAUUAAUCAAGCUAAGCAAGAAUGUGGACGUCAGACUUUAGUGGAACUACUAAUUCGACCUGUUCAGAGGUUGCCUAGUGUUGCUCUUCUUUUAAAUGAUCUCAAGAAGCAUACAGCGGAUGAUAACCCCGACAAAGUUAUGUUGGAGAAAGCUAUUGAGUCAUUAAGAGAAGUUAUGACUCACAUUAACGAAGAUAAAAGGAAAACUGAAGGACAGAGGCAGAUCUUUGAUGUUGUCUAUGAAGUAGAUGGAUGUCCUGCUAAUCUGUUGUCUUCACAUCGCAUGCUGGUACAGCGAGUGGAGACAGUUGCUCUUGGUGAUGAUCUUUGUGACCGUGGAGAACAAGUUACUCUUUUUCUAUUUAAUGAUUGCCUUGAGAUUGCAAGGAAACGGCAUAAGGUUAUUGGUGCUUUCAAGAGUCCUCAUGGCCACACUAGGCCCCCAGCGUCACUGAAACACAUUAGUCUAAUGCCUCUUUCACAGAUAAAGAAGGUUCUUGACAUCCGGGAGACUGAAGAUUGCCAUAACGCGUUUGCUUUGGUAGUGCGACCUCCAACGGAACAGGCGAACCAGCUGUUUAGCUUCCAGCUGACCUCGGAGGAGCCUCCUAAAGCCGAUUGGCUGAAGAUGCUCUGCCGGCACAUGGCCAACACCAUUUGUAAAGCAGAUGCUGAAAAUCUGAUUUAUACAACUGAUCCGGACUCAUUAGAAGUGAACACUAAAGAUGUGGACAGUACGCUGAGCAGAGCAUCGAGAGCCAUAAAGAAGACUUCCAAGAAAGUUACAAGGGCUUUUUCAUUUUCAAAGACCCCCAAGAGAGCCCUGCAGAGAGCUCUGAUGGUGCAUAAUACUCCAGAAGGACGGAGCCCUGGCUCAAGCACUGAGAGCUUUGCCAGCAGCCGCAUGUCAAGUACAACCUCUUUAGCAACCAUCCAGUCUCCUUCCUUGGUAAGCCUUCCGUCCUUGUUUGAAAGGAAAUACCAUACAUUCAGCCGAUCAACGGCAAACCUCAUAUAAGAUUAUUAGAUUUUCAUGCAGUAACUGACAAAAGCAGCUGGCUGAUCUAACAGACGUGAGAUUUCCAAUUUUGGUACUUAUUGGUAGCACUUCACAGCAGCUUGCGAAAUAAAACGAAGUUUGGAGAAAACAGUUGGAUAAACUACCUUGGAUGAACUGCAAAGGAUUUAUCUGUAGAAAUGACAGUUGUACGUUUACCUUUUUGCUGUGUGUUUUGUAUAUUUUAUAUGUUUGUCAUGUCAUUGUGCAUGCAUAUGUAAUCGUUUCUUAGCCCAUGACUAACAGGUAGCGCUCUAGAACGCCUGCGGUUCUUGCUCAGCCUUUGGAUUGUUAUGCCUUACCAAGAAUCAUGGCGAGUUCUAGUGCAGCAACAGUUUGAUGGGUACAUGUUUGGAUACACAUGGUAUUUUUGUGUUUUGUUUUGUU